CACACAUACACACACACACGACAUACAGUACAGUGAAUGCCACAUUGGGUAUAUAGAUCUUUCUGUCUGUCUAUCUAUUUGCACUGUGCUACACAGAUCAACAUCUCUGCAGAGGGUUCUUUAGGAUUUAGACCUCAGGUUGGUUUGGAAAAAGAUGAUGGCUCAAAAUAUGCAUUUUUUUAAAGCUUUUCUCCUGGUUUGCAUUGCUCUGUCUGCUACAACUACUGGUCAAUCAACUGUAGUCACAACCCUUGCUGGGACAACAGCUGCAGCCACAACAGCUGCAGCCACAACAGCUGCAGCCACAACCGUUGCUGGGGCAACAGCUGCAGCCACAACAGCUGCAGCCACAACCGUUGCUGGGGCAACAGCUGCAGCCACAACAGCUGCAGCCACAACCGUUGCUGGGGCAACAGCUGCAGCUACAACAGCUGCAGCCACAACCGUUGCUGGGGCAACAGCUGCAGCCACAACCGUUGCUGGGGCAACAGCUGCAGCCACAACCGUUGCUGGGGCAACAAAUGCAACUACAAACUCAACAGCUGGGACGACAGUGACCUCAACUACCAAUCCAGCAGGUCUGAUGUACUGCACGACCUUUUCCUGUACAGGGUAUAACUGUUACAUGAAUUACACAAAUCAAAAUGCAACCGCGUGCGCUACAAAUAACUCCUACUGCAUGCUCAGCCGCGCAGACAGCAGCUACAGUGCUGGCUGCAGUCAGACUUGUGCUGGAACAUCCAACAUGUGCAGCAAUGCCUCCUCGACCCAGUGUAUAAUGGAAUGCUGUGCCUCCUCCCGCUGCCUUAGACUGAAUGGAACAAUUCAGGGGAUAAACUCCACUGCAGGGACUACAUCUCCGACAACUACCAUGACAACUACAACUGUUGCUGUCACAAACAAUGGGAAGAGCUGUCAGUCCUUCACAUGUAACGGAGACACGUGCUACAAAGGAAAAACCGAAGCGAAAUUCUGUCAGACUGGGAUGAACUACUGUGAGCUGAAAAAGAAGGUCUCCGGUACCACCACGACCUGGAUUGCAGGCUGCAGCAGUACCUGCCAAACCACAGUCAGCGGCUGCACCUCUACCUCCACGGAUUGCCUCCAGGAGUGCUGCGAUGCCUCGGCUACAGCCUGUCUCAAACUCGAUGGCACUGUGAGCAUCAAAGGUGGCGCGGCUGCACUCAGCAUGGCAUCACUGAUGAAACUUCUCGCCGUUGCUUUUCUCGUUUUCAUUUCCAGCAGUCAGUCUCCAGCUCUACUAACGCUGUUUUAGAUGCACACCACAUUUGGACUGACAGUACAGUACAGUACAAUCCAUGUCCUAUUUAUUUAUUUUGCAAGCAAUAAUGUGACUAAGAAAAUGAUGUAUAGGGCAUUUUCCUGGGGUUUCUAAAGUAAAGUUUCUAUUGCUUUUAAAUGUAAUAUAUGAAUUACAUAUGUACAUAUAAAUGAUACUUUCUCAGUCUGCAUCUUACUGUGA